AUGGAACUCGAUGGAGACUCUCCACCUAUCUGGUCCCAACCAACCACCACACUCCUCCGUCAACACCGCCGACAACCACCUUCUCCUCCUAUCAUCAACCCCGUUAUUCUCAUCCUACUCAUACCCAUUCUCGCUCUCCUCGUCUUGUUCUUUUUGGUUCCCCCUCUCCUUACCCACACUACCCAAAUUCUUCGACCUAAUUCUGUGAAAAAGGGAUGGGACUCUUUUAAUAUCUUGCUUGUAGUGUUUGCUAUUCUUUGCGGCAUAUUUGCCCGAAAGAAUGAUGAUAAUUCAGCUGUUGAGAGAAAUAGGAAUGUUUCAACUACUGAAUCUUCUAAUUUUAAUGAUGGAUCAGCAUCAGCUGAUGUUGAUGUUGAUCAUGAUAUGCGGCGUCCUGUUUCUAAUGAUCGAUGGUUUGAGGCUAGUGAUGAGAAAACAUAUCAUUUUGGUGUACCUGAAACUAGUGUCAAUCGUCUGAGAAGAAGCAGCAGCUCCUAUCCUGAUCUGAGACAAGUGCCGCAAUGGGAAACCGGUGAGAAUCAUUCUCGGUUUUAUGAUGAUUUUGGUGUGAAUUUGUACCGUUCUACAGCAUCGGAAUAUGAUACUCACCGUCAACGGAGGAGCGAGAAGCAGAGGGAAGAACCUGACGUUAAGGUGAUUCCGGUGGAUACAUUUGAAAGUCGUUCUUCUCCACCUGAACCUUUAUUGCCGGAAAAACCUCCUCCGAUUAGCUCAUCGAAGGCGCCUCAGGCGAAUUUGAAAAGGAGAAGAUCCUUUCACACUGUUCCGCGCAAAGACAAGGCUGAAAUGCAGAGUAAUGAAGCUGAAGUUGAGCACAACAAAAAACAAGAGCCUCCACCACCGUCACCUCCUAUGCCGCCGUCGCUGCCAACGGACCUAUCACCUCCGGUGGAAAAGCCUCAGAAGCUUCAGCGGAGAAAGAGUGGCACGAAGGAAUUAGCCACAGCUAUUGCCUCAUUGUACAAUCAGAGUAAGAGAAACAGGAGGAGAACAAAGAAGAGAGAUAAUUUUGAGAGUGUCUCCGAUUCUCCACCAUCUGCGGAACAAGUCCUGCCACCAGCAACACCGCCGCCUCCGCCUCCACCACCGCCGCCACCUCCGUCUAAGGUUUUUCAGAACCUGUUCAAGAAGAAUAGGAAAAGUAAGCGUAUACAUUCCGAUCCUUCCAAUGUGCCAUCACCUCCUCCUCCUCCACCGCUUCCCCCUCCUAAUUCAAUUUUCAACAAUUUAUUCAAAACAGGCAGCAAAAGUAAGCGAUUCCAGCAAACAUCAACAUCGACUCCUCCACCUCCCCCACCACCACCUCCACCUUCUUCAAUUCUCAAUAAUUUGUUCAAACAUGGAACCAAAAGCAGGAGAUUCAAAUCAUCAAUUUCGACUCCAACACCUCCUCCUCCUCCUCCACCUCCGCCACAAGCAAACGUUUCAUCAUCAAGGCGGAGAAAAAGUUCGACGCAUUCUCAACCACCAAUGCAACCACCGCAACCUUCACGUCGACAUUCAUCCAGUUGGAGCAAACCUCCAUUGCCAACAAAACCAGCCGCCAGUUACUACGACGAUAACUUGAACAGUGGCUCGCAAUCACCUUUGAUUCCAAUGCCACCUCCGCCUCCUAUGCCGCCGUUCAAAAUGCGGGAGAUGAAUUUCGUCCCUUCCGGUGACUUCGUCAGGAUACGGACCGCGAACAGCUCUCGCUGCAGCUCGCCGGACCUUGAAGACGUUGACGUUGACGAUAUGCCCGUCAGAUCGUCGUCGGAGGCAAUGGACGGUGAAGAUUCAACGGGGCCGUCGGUCACUUGCCCGAGCCCGGAUGUGAACAUGAAAGCGGACUCUUUCAUUGCUCGGCUCCGAGAUGAGUGGCGAUUGGAGAAAAUGAAUUCAAUGCGUGAAAAAAGUACACUGGGCUGA